CAGAUUCAGGAGCAUCAGGCGCCUGCAGCCGAGGCAAAGAGGAGGCAUCCAGAUUGGUAGAGCUAUUCUGUUUUGUGAACAUCCAUGAAGACUCCCUGAGGCUUGGAGGUGAGGGCACCAUCCCUGCCUGCCUGCAAACAUCUUCACAACAAGGCCCUGUCUCCCGAAGCCCUUGGGUGAGCAUUUCUUUGGUCCUUGUCACCCAGAAGAGCCAAAUGAACUCUGGAUUUCACAUCCUUGCUUCUCUGGCCUCUUCCACCAGCCAAAGUCAGCCCUGGUAUCCAGUGGAAGCCACAUAUGGUAACAAGAACCCUGGACCUGAAGUCCAAAGGAAAACAGGAGCAGAAGCCAAUUCUCCUCUUCCAGAGAACUCUGAAUCCCUAAAUGAGGCAGAAGACUUGAACCCAGAAGUUACUCUAUCUUCAGAGGGGUACUUAAACCUCGAAGACAUUCUCUACCUGGAGGACACAGGGUACUUUGAUGAGACACUCUAUGUGCAAGAGACUGAGAAGCCAGAGGAGGCCCUGUAUAUUGAAGAGGCCAUGCAGCCAGAUGAGGCUCUGCAGGGAGAGGAGCCUGGGAAUCCAGAGGAGACAGUGAGUGUGGAGGAAACCAUGGAGCUAGAUUGGAUGCAGUUUGUGGAGGGGCCCGUGGAGCCAGGAAAGCCCACAAACCCAGAGCAGGUUGUUUAUGAGGCAGAGACAGUCACAAGGGCGGAGAAAUCUAACCCUGAGGAGAGCCUCAGAGCCGAGCCGAGCCCCAGCAUAGAGGAGAACCUGAGCAUAGAGGACCUGGAAUUGCUAGAAGGGCGUUUCCAGCAGUGUGUCCAAGCUGUGGCCCAGCUGGAAGAGGAGAGGGAUCAGCUCAUCCAUGAGCUUGUAUUGCUCCGGGAACCAGCCCUGCAGGAGGUACAGCAGGUCCAUCAGGACAUCCUGGCUGCCUACAAGCUCCAUGCCCAAGCAGAGCUGGAGAGAGAUGGCCUAAGGGAGGAGAUCCGGCUGGUCAAGCAGAAGCUUUUCAAGGUGACAAAGGAAUGUGUGGCCUACCAAUACCAGCUGGAGUGCCGCCAGCAGGACGUGGCUCAGUUUGCCGAUUUCCGGGAAGUGCUGACUACGAGGGCAACCCAACUCUCAGAGGAACUGGCCCAGCUCCGGGAUGCCUAUCAGAAGCAGAAGGAGCAGUUGCGGCAACAACUAGAAGCCCCUCCAAGCCAGAGGGAUGGGCACUUUCUCCAGGAAAGCCGGCGACUCUCUGCCCAGUUUGAAAAUCUCAUGGCAGAGAGCCGCCAGGGCCUGGAAGAGGAGUAUGAGCCUCAGCUCCUGCGGCUCCUAGAGAGGAAAGAAGCUGGGACCAAAGCUCUGCAGAAAACCCAGGCUGAGAUCCAGGAGAUGAAGGAGGCUCUGAGACCCCUGCAAGCAGAGGCCCGGCAGCUCCACCUGCAAAACAGGAACCUGGAGGACCAGAUCGCACUUGUGAGGCAAAAACGAGAUGAAGAGGUUCAGCAGUACAGGGAACAGCUGGAGGAAAUGGAAGAACGCCAGAGGCAGUUAAGAAGUGUGGUGCAAGUCCAGCAACAGAAGAACAAAGAGAUGGAACAGCUAAGGCUCAGUCUUGCUGAAGAGCUCUCUAAUUAUAAGGGCUGUUUAGAAAUAUAUGGCCAAAUCUGUAACCCAGAAACAGCAAAAAAAUUCUUAGCAAAGGAUCACUAAGUACCCUUUGGACGUACUCUUCCAAACAGACAAGAGUGCCAGGAACUUGGCAAGCAUUUCAUCCUGUGGAAGUUGCAAAUACUGGCUGACCUGCUUAAAAAGAUUGUUGAGUUCGCUGGAGGCAGAACACCAGUCAACUCUUUGCUGGAUUCUAUUUCAUCUGCUGUUGAUACUGAUCUUAACACACCAGGGAAAGGAAAAAUGAGACUCCUAUCUUCCAGCAGCAACCCUCACACAUGCACUGAGUAAAGGAUGAAUGUAUGGACGCAUCUUGGAGUAUUUUAAAGAAUGUAUCUUGCCUUGUGUUGACCCAAACCAAAAACAUUUUUGAGGGUCACAUGUGGGGUCAAAAAGUAGCCAAUUUCCAUUACAUGGAUUUACAAUUUCCAUUCUUUUGUGCCAUGAGUGUUAGAAUUUAAAUGAAUACUUUUACAAAGUUUACUUUUUGCUAAAGGAUAUGCUGACCCAUAUUGUCUACUCUUAAAAUUGUGUCAAGUUAAUUUUCACUAUACUCUAAAACAACUAGACUUGAAGAAAAGAAACCAAUCGAGAUUUGAAUCUAAUGGUUAACGCUAUUCAGAUUUUCCCAAGGAUCUUACCUCAUGCAAGUGGUUUUGGGUCAGAAUGAUCUACUCAGUUAAAAAACAACAACAAAAAACUAAGUGGAAAAAAACAGGCAUUUUAUCUGGUUAUUGCAUCUGGUGAUAGAGGCUUUCAAAGCCUAUUAUUUCUAACCUCUAAGUAAAGGCCCCAGUGAAAAACAUACUGGGGAGACAAAACCUGUCUCUGAGAAAAGGUUCAAGAACCUUUUCCAAAUUUAAAUUUUGCCUUAAAUUCUCUCUAGCACACUGCCUUUGACGCUCUUGAAAGUCCAUGUAGUUCUCUAGAGAUCGACUUCAAAGAAACGUUACCUUAUCAAAGACUAAUAUGUGCCACCUCUGAUUCAGUGUUUUAUGUCUUUCACUUUCCCUGUCAAGGAGUAAAGCUCUUUUCUACAGCUCUGGGACUAUUAUAUUUAAUUCUGCUCUUGAUAGUCAAAGACCACGGAAAACAACUGUCAUCUGAAGGACUCUUCUAGAAGCCAGAGACUGGUGUUUGAUGGAUGUUUUAUACUAAAUAAAACCCAUCAGCAUGGGGUUAUGUAGAAAAGCAAUUUAUUCCAUUUUAAGCACUUACACAGUUAGUCAUGGAGAGUAACAGGCCUGCUGGUGAAACAGGUCACCCAAAAUGGAGAUGGCAUCAAACUAGUGGUCAAGGACUAACUCCUAAAAAAAAGCAACUCUUAUCAAGGAUUAAUUUAAUUUUUAAAACAAAUACAAGUUAUUGAUUCACUCUUCUCAACUUGACAGUCUGCCUGUGGUGUAACUGUCAGGUAAAAACAUACAUCUUUACAACUUGGUGGUCCCAAGUUAAAAAAAACAACAACAACAAAAAACACACCAUUUCACAGACAGGAAAGAAACAACAUGAAAACAGCUCAAGAAAUAUACUAACGAGCAAAAAUGUAUGAAUAUAUGGGGAAAGAGGAACAUGUAGUUUUGACUUAACUGAGGAAACCAAGAGGAAACUGGUCUACAUAUGAAAAUGUGCAUCCUGGAAAGUCAGGUGUCAAGAUUUUCGAGUAGGAAUCUAUAUGACUUGAAUCUCCCCUAUUUCCUGAAUAAAAGUGACAUCUUUCAGUAUUUAUACUUCA